CAGACCUAUUUUUAAGAGUUGUGUUAUGGGAAUAAUUUUUGUACAUAAUUAUUCUUAUAUGCAAUGCAAGUCAUGUUGCUUCAGCUUUUAACUUCGUUGCUCCUCUUCGGUCUCACAAUACUUGUCUUCUUUCGCAGCACCAGAACCGCCAAAUCUAAAGGAUCAUCUUCCUUUAUCCCCAAAUCCUACCCACUAGUGGGCUCCUUUUUCUCCAUUUUGGCACACCGGAACCAAUUAAUUCAGUGGUGUACUUCUAUUCUCCAAAACACCCCCACUGCAACAUUUGCUUUGCAGAAGCUACUGGGCACCGUCACUUACUUGACUGCCAAUCCAGACAAUGUCCGCCAUAUUCUCAAGACUAACUUCUACAGCUACCCAAAAGGUAGAGAACUUCGAACAAAUCUCUUCGACUUUCUUGGCAAUGGCAUCUUCAACAUUGACGGCGAACAAUGGAGGUUUCAGAGACAAAUUUCAAGCCACGAAUUCAACACCAAAUCUCUCCGUAAAUUUGUUGAAACUGUUGUUGAAACUGAGCUCUCUGAUCGUCUUAUUCCACUACUAGCCAGGGCUGCUGCCAACAAAGACGUGCUCGAUUUUCAAGAUGUUCUUCAAAGGUUUGCGUUUGAUAAUAUAUGCAAGAUUGCUUUCGGUUACGACCCUGAGUACCUGUUGCCGUCUUUUCCAGAAGCUAAGUUCGCACGAGCUUUUGACGAAGCUGUUAGGAUAAGCAGCGAAAGAUUUCACGUGCCUUUACCGAUAAUCUGGAAGAUGAAACGGCUUCUCAAUAUCGGCUCUGAAAAGCUUCUAAAAAUUGCGACUUCUGAGGUUCAGGAAUUUUCUAUGAACAUUAUAAACGAGAAGAAACAACAACUUAAAGAAAAUUCAUUGCCGGAAUCCAUGGAUCUUUUGUCGCGAUUCUUGAGCUCCGGCCUAUACGACGACAAAUUUGUCUGUGAUAUAAUCAUCAGCUUUACACUCGCCGGCCGAGAUACCACGUCGGCUGCUUUGACAUGGUAUUUCUGGCUAAUCUCUAAACAUCCAGAAGCCGAAAAACAAAUUCUCAACGAAAUCAAAGAAAAUUCAGACACACCGGUUUAUGAAGAUAUUAAAGACAUGGUGUACACUCAUGCAUCACUCUGCGAGAGCAUGAGAUUUUAUCCACCGGUGCCAGUGGACACCAAGUUAGCAGAAAACGACGACGUAUUGCCGGAUGGGACCGUAGUGAAGAAGGGAAUGCGAGUGUCGUACAUUCCAUAUGCAAUGGGGAGAAUGGAGAAGCUAUGGGGAGCAGAUUGGGCGGAGUUCAGGCCAGAAAGGUGGUUGAAGAGGGUGGAGGAUGGGAAAUGGAGUUUUGAAGGGAGAGAUCCGUACACGUAUCCGGUGUUUCAGGCGGGGCCGAGGAUUUGUUUGGGGAAAGAGAUGGCAUUUUUGCAAAUGAAGAGGGUUGUGGCUGGGGUUUUGAAGAGAUUUAAGGUGGUGCCCGCCGUGAAGGAGGGUGUUGAGCCGGAGUUUGUUGCACAUUUGACGGCCAAGAUGAAAGGUGGCUUCCCGGUGAGGAUUGUGGAGAGGACAGAGUGACUAUGGUAUGGUGUUAACUAAUUGUGUACUUUGAAUAAUUAAUGUGAUAUCGUAUUAAUAAAGAUUUGAUGUUGUUUUUA